UUAGUACAUUUUGCUCUGAAAACUCUAACAUGUGUUAACAUUUUAUUUAAAUUAUUGAUGGGAAAUUCACAGUAGAUUUGAAAACCAGGUGACUUUAUUUCUGAUCAGAGGUCGUUAUUGUUUCUUUGCUGUUCUUUCCAGGCAGUGAGGGAAACACCACUGAUUUUCCUCAUUGAUGAGGCCCAGUAUAUGGAUGCCGCUUCCUGGGAAUUUUUGAAAACGUUGCUCUCCAGUAUGCCCAUCAUCAUGGUGAUGGCAUUGACCCCUAUCUUCACCCUGUGUGGCUGGGCCCAGCAUUUCCUUCAGAGCCUUCAGGCUGUCCUUAUGCCUAUUUCGAAAUUGGCAACAACCUCACUGUUGAGAAUGGCAUGUUGGGAACUAGGGGUGGUGAGCAUCCCCCAAGAGCUGCAGAUGUGAGUGGCUAGGACUAGCUGAGCACUUCAUUAAGGGAGGAGCCAGUGCCAUAGUAUAAGUGAGAAGGCACAGGUCUUACUGGAAUUGGGGGAGAGAAUGGUAUUAGUAACCAUGAUGAGGCCCCAAGGCUAGAUUUAAGGGAAACAGUCUUCUUGUAAUCAAGUAAGGGGCUGCCUCCCUGGGCUCUCCACCUAGAUUUUCACAAGACAAUUAGGACUUGGGUGGCUUGCUUCAUGUGUCAGUUAUAUGUGAUCAGGCCACUUUCUGCCAGACCCUUUAGCAAGGAGAUGUUUGUUUCUUUCAACAUCAAUAAAAGCAAAAUAGUUGAGAAAGAAAAGUUAUUGCCAAGAUGCAUUUCAAGGCCAAUAAGAAAUUACUUUUUUACAUUUCUGUGCCUCUGCCCCACUCUAUUAGUGUUUGUCAUGAAGAGCUGACUUUAACAAAAGAAGAUUCCUCAGUAUGAAGUACUGUUAUGUUUGGCUCCGCUGAAGUGAUCAUCUGUAAUGUGAAAUACCUUACCUCCCUGCAGCUACCUUCACAGGUGCUUUGGAAACCCCCUUUAUUGUGAGGUCCUGUGCCAAGACCUUCUCUGUAAGGACAUAUUGCUCUUUCAUGACCUACAAAAGGAGGAAGAGGAAAACAGCAAGUGGGAAAAUCUCUCAGCCGUUGCCAUGAAAUCCACAAUGUAUAGUAUUUAUCCUGCCAACUCUGAAGAAGGUCAGGAACUUUAUGUCUGCACAGUCAAGGAUGAUGUGAACUUGGAUACAGUGCUUCUCCCACCCUUUUUGAAAGAAAUAGCAGUAAGCCAACUUGAUCAACUGAGCCCAGAGGAACAGCUGCUGGUCAAAUGUGCUGCCAUCAUUGGUCACUCCUUCCAUACAGAUCUGUUGCAGCACCUCCUGCCUGGCUGGGAUAAAAAUAAGCUACUUCAGGUGUUGAGAGCUCUUGUGGAUAUACAUGUGCUCUGCUGGUCUGAGAGGAGCCAAGAGCCUCCGAAUGAGCCCAUAUUAGUGCCUUCCUCUAUCAACAUCACUGAUCAAACCAAAGAGAAGACAAAGUUAGGUGGUGAUUCAGCCUCUUUUCUCACACUACAAGAAGAAUUAUCCCUACCUCAAACUGAGGUGUUGGAAUUUGGAGUGCCUCUACUACGGGAAGCUGCUUGGGAGCUCUGUACCAAGGAACAACAGAUAGCUCUGCACCUUGAAUGUGCCUGCUUUCUCCAAGACUUGGCCUGCCGCUGUGGGAGCUGCCAUGGAGGAGACUUUGUCCCUUUUCAUCGUUUUGCAGUUUGUUCUACUAAGAGUUCCAAGGGGACCUCUGGAUUCUGUACUUACAGAGGUGCUGGCUCAGUGCUAACACAAGUGAUCACAGACAAAUUGCAGCUGCCUUCUCCCCAAGAUAGUUUUCAGUUCCAGAUGAAACCAUCCAGAACUCAGGAUGCCUUCUCAAAUGAAUGCUGCAGGUAGACAGAGAUGCUCAGGGUGAACAUGGAGGGGCCAAAAGUGACAGAAAGAUGACCAUUAAACUGAGCCACUUAUGUCAGUUGCAGGUGGGCUGUCAUGACUCUUAUACUCAGCCCAGGAUUCAGGUUAACAGAGAAGAUUUGGAAAGGCAAUUUUUGAUUCUUUAUAGGAAAGUUAUUUCCUAAUGGUUGAGAAAAACUUUCUUUAAUACCUUUUUGUUUGUUUGUUUUGAGACAGAGUCUUGCUCUGUUGCCCAGGCUAGAGUGCAG